GGCUGAGGGAGGGCGGGGCCAGCAGGGGCACCCGCUGGCCGAAAGAGCGGCGGCCCGAGCCGGGGCCAUGGCGAAGCUGCUGAGCUGCGUCCUAGGCCCCCGGCUCUACAAAAUCUACCGAGAAAGGGACUCCGAAAGGACCCCGUCCGGCGUCCCUGUGACUCCAGCUACGGUCACCACCCCCUCUUCCAGCUCCUGGGAUACGUACUAUCAGCCCCGUGCCCUGGAGAAACAUGCCGACAGCAUCCUGGCACUGGCUUCAGUCUUCUGGUCCAUCUCUUAUUACUCCUCUCCCUUCGCCUUCUUCUACUUGUACAGGAAAGGUUACUUGAGUUUGUCCAAAGUGGUGCCAUUCUCUCACUAUGCUGGGACAUUGCUACUACUGCUGGCAGGAGUGGCCUGCCUCCGAGGCAUUGGUCGCUGGACCAACCCCCAGUACCGACAGUUUAUCACCAUCUUGGAAGCAACUCAUAGGAACCAGUCCGCAGAAAACAAGAGGCAGCUCGCCAACUACAACUUUGACUUCAGGAGCUGGCCAGUAGAUUUCUACUGGGAAGAGCCCAGCAGCCGGAAGGAGUCCCGAGGGGGCCCUUCCCGCCGGGGUGUGGCCCUGCUUCGCCCAGAGCCCCUGCACCGGGGGACAGCGGACACCUUCCUCAACCAGGUCAAGAAGCUCCCUUGUCAGAUCACCAGCUACCUGGUGGCACACACCCUGGGGCGCCGAAUGCUGUACCCGGGCUCCGUGUACCUGCUCCAGAAGGCCCUCAGGCCUGUGCUUCUGCAGGGCCAAGCCCGGCUGGUGGAAGAGUAUAACGGACGUCGGGCAAAGCUGCUGGCCUGUGAUGGCAAUGAGAUUGAUACCAUGUUUGUGGACCGGCGGGGAACAGCUGAGCCUCAGGGACAGAAGCUGGUUGUCUGCUGUGAGGGCAACGCAGGGUUCUAUGAGGUGGGCUGCGUCUCUACACCUUUGGAAGCUGGAUAUUCAGUCCUGGGCUGGAACCAUCCAGGCUUUGCUGGAAGCACGGGGGUGCCGUUCCCACAGAAUGAGGCCAACGCCAUGGAUGCAGUGGUCCAGUUUGCCAUCCACCGCCUAGGCUUCCAGCCCCAGGACAUCAUCAUCUACGCCUGGUCCAUCGGUGGCUUCACGGCCACGUGGGCAGCCAUGUCCUACCCAGAUGUUAGUGCCGUGAUCCUGGAUGCCUCCUUUGAUGACUUGGUACCCUUGGCCUUGAAAGUCAUGCCAGACAGCUGGAGGGGGCUGGUGACUAGGACCGUGAGGCAGCACCUCAAUCUGAACAACGCAGAGCAGCUGUGCAGGUACCAGGGCCCUGUGCUACUGAUCCGGCGAACCAAGGAUGAGAUCAUCACCACCACGGUUCCUGAGGACGUCAUGUCCAACAGAGGCAACGACCUCCUGCUGAAGCUCCUGCAGCAUCGGUAUCCCCGCGUGAUGGCUGAGGAGGGCCUGCAAGUGGUGAGGCAGUGGCUGGAGGCCUCCUCGCAGUUGGAGGAAGCCUCGAUUUACAGCCGGUGGGAGGUGGAAGAGGACUGGUGUCUGUCUGUCCUCCGCUCCUACCAGGCAGAACACGGGCCUGACUUCCCCUGGAGUGUGGGGGAGGACAUGAGUGCAGAGGGACGGCGGCAGCUGGCUUUGUUUCUGGCUCGGAAGCAUCUGCACAACUUUGAGGCCACACACUGCACUCCGCUUCCGGCCCAGAGCUUCCAGAUGCCCUGGCACCUAUAGGGACCACGCUGGGACUCAUUCUGGAGGACUGGGAUGGGAGGGGGCAUGAGGAGGGAC